AUGAAUUUGAAAUUCGCAUUCGGAUGGUUGUUCAAUCAUCUAUCCAAUUAUAAUAUUUUUCUACCCGAUGAAAAUGAAUACAACAACGAGUCACAGGAUUCUGUUCGACAGCAGAAAUACACGACUUGGUUCUAUGUUCUUCUUCUCGCGACUUCAAUCUACAUUCUUUUCUACGCUGGUUUAAUGCGAGAACAAUCUGAAACAAUAUUCAUUCAUAAUGUAACGCCUAUCAUCUUUGAUGAACUUUACUCAAAACAUUAUGAGAAACUUACUUGUCCAUGUUCAACGAUCACAAUUCCGUACAAAACUUUCGUGAAUAACACAAAUACAUUUCAUCCGGUGUGUUCAAGCAUAUUUGUAACCGAACAAUGGAUUCAACUUUCAGCGUUUGCCAAUGCAAGUUUGUUCGGAACGGCAGAUUUUCGAACAACGGCCAGUUCGCAAUUUCAACUGUUGGCGAACAUUUGUUCUUUCAUGCAGAAUACAACUCUUCAAAAUGAAAUUGAUCUGGAUAAUACUGAAUUUGUCAGCAUCAAUCUUCAAUCUAAUAUCGAAAUUCAAUCGAAAGUCAAUGCGACGGUUGAAUCUUUUUACAACAGUUUAUCCAAUCGAAUCAAUUCAUUCUUAAGUUAUGUCAAAAUCACCAGUCAGACAAAUUUCUUCGUUUCAGCUCUUAAUACCAAUAUAGUUGUUGCGGUCAACACUAUCGGUUCAGAAUACGAAGCCUAUUUAAUUCCAACUAUUUACACUAAUGAUUAUUACGAUAAGAAUACAAUCAAUUAUGAAUAUGUUUCAUGUGCGAAUGCAAAUCCAUUUACAACCACAGGUUUCCUUGUGUUUCCAACUGGUUUAGACUCUUAUCGUUUGAUAUGGACACCACCGAAUUCGAACUCGACCUUGGUCAAGGGAUUCUUUGCAGGAUGUACACCACUCGAAGGUCUUCUUCGAAGCACAUUGGACUGUUUAUAUGACAUUAGUUGUAUUGAUUUAUUAUUGAAUUAUUUUCCAAAUCUCCAUCAAAUCGCUUUCAAUUGGACAAAUUUGCUUUUGGAAACGAACAAAAAUCUCUCGAUGUACAAUUAUUUAUCUGAUCUCCUUAUCGAGAAACAAAUCACAACAAUCAACUAUUCGAAAUAUUUCAAUGAAUGCGCUCCUCAUUAUUGUGUCUAUACGAAAACACGUCGUUUGGAUUUCCAUUAUUCAAUCACUCUGUUCAUCAGUCUCUACGGUGGCCUUGUUAUCAUACUAAGAUUAAUCGCGUUGUUUAUUAUCAAUCUUAUUCUGAAUUAUCAUACUUGGAACUUAAUUUCUGUGAAAAGAUUGAUUGAGUCGGUCAAACAACUAAAUCUAUUCAAAAACGUCGAUGAUCGAAUGGAGAAUGGAAUCAAACGACAAAAACUAGUGACUAAGGUUUAUUUAAUAUUAAUGUUUGGAUCAAUUCUUACUCUUAUGCUCUUUAAUUCAUUACACACACAAACCAUAACAAUGAUAAAACAAUCUCCAUCGUGGGAUAUUUACCAACAGUUACAGUAUUUCUAUUCGACAACACUUGACUGUCCUUGUUCAUCGAUGGUCAUUUCUUAUGAUAAAUUUAUUUCAUUUUCUCCUGUUUUACAUCCGGUAUGUUCGAGCGAUUUCGUCACCGAUCGUUGGCUUUCCAUCUUAAGUCAGAGUAUUUUGUAUGAUAUAUCGGUAGAUUGGCGAAAUCAAGCCUUUUCGCAAGUUCAGUUGUUAGCAAACCUGUGUCAAUCAGCCAAUGGAACGAUCAAUGAUGCCAUUCGUCGCUUUCUUUCUCAAUACUUUGUAACUUCAAGUGUCUUAUCUGAAAAUAACUUUCAAUCACAGAUCAAUUCAACAGUUAAUGAACUUUUCCUACCGACUAUUUCUUAUUUUGGUCUUCUUGUCGAGACAGUGCGUCUUCUUAUGCAAAUUGAUCAACCUCUAAUAGGCUCCAAACAAGGCGAUAUUGGAUUAGGAUCGACUAUAGCUAAGACUUUUUCAAUCGAUGAACUAGAGAAUCAACAGAUGUUGCAGUUAAUUAUGUUACUGAUUGGAGUUCAUAAUACGAACUUAACAGCAACGGAUUGCAUUUGUGCAACUAAUCCCAAUUGUAAAAGUGCACUUGCGAUUUAUGCUGCUGAUGAUGUUAAUGUCUAUGGUUCCGAGUUUGAUAUUGUUUAUGUUGUUCCGGGAUCAUUUACUGGCUGCUCGACUACGGAAUCUCUUUUAUUAUCGACACUCGAAUGUUUCUAUGAAGAUUCCGAUUGUUUUACAAUUCUAAUGAAGUAUAUUAAACAAGUCUACAUUUAUAAUGUGGAAACUUCGUUAUGGUUUGAUGUUCAACCGCUUGUUUAUAAUUCUCAGUUGAGCAACUAUCCUCCGAACACACCAAUUUCGAUUAUUGUGAAAAAAUUAAUGGUUGAAGAAUGGAAUUUACAAUUUUCAUACGAAAAUUUCUAUGAAUCAUGUUCACCAAAAUAUUGUACUUACUCGGAGAGACUUCAUGCGAAUACUCUUCUCGAAGUAAUUAGAAUAUUAAUCUCGAUGACGAGUGGUCUUUCAUUCACGUUACGUUUUGCCACACCAUAUCUUGUCAAAUUCGUCAUCAAUGUCAUCACAAGAAAUACAAAUAGACAAGCAGAACAACAGGCAAACACAGUAUAUAAUACUUUGAAAAAUUUAAAUAUCUUCUCUAUACGAGAUUUUCGAUCUCAUCUUGAUCGCAUAACAGCUAAGCGUCUCGGUCAAAUGGCAACUCGUCUGUAUAUUGUUUUAUUUCUGAUCGGUAUUGCUAUUUUCACGUCGUAUAACGUGACUCAACCCUAUAUUGGUACGAGAACAUUCGAUAAACCAUCGUUUGAUAAGUAUAGAGAUCUGUACGGAAAAUAUAAAGAUCAAUUGGAAUGUUCCUGUUCAUCAAUAGCGACAACGUAUGAUCAAUUUGUAUCUAUCGAAUCAUCAUUUCAUCAGAUUUGUUCAAGUACAUUUGUUAUGGACGAAUGGCGAACUAAUCUUACAAUUAGAUUAGAACCAAAUUUAUCAAUCUAUUCUCUCAAUGACUAUCGUCGCUUCCUUCCUUCGCAUCUGCAGUACCUUCAAGGAUUAUGUCGACUUAGCGAUCAAUCAGUAAACAAUACCAUUGAACAAUUUCUUCCCUCCUCGUUCGUUACUAAUCAACUCCUAUUCGAAAAACAUUUCAACGAUAGUAUCUAUUUAAGAAUUGAAAAUAGUAUAUCCACUGCUCCAACGAUAUUUCUCACUCUUCUAUCUUUAAUUCGAAAGAUUAAUCAUGGCAACGCUAUCGUAUCGACUUAA